AUGUCGACUACGUCUGCACUCGAAUUCUCCAAUUUGCCCACUGAUGCAAUUGGGAAAAUCAUUGAGAAAUGUGAUCUCAAAGAGCAAUUGACUCUCCGAAAAGUGUCAAAAAACCUGCGUUCUCUCGUCGAUGAACAGAAAAUUGGGUACAAAUCGAUCCAGAUUGAUAUGACAGAUUCGUAUAUCAUUUGUUGGUAUAACGACAAAAGAGUUGUGUAUACAAGCGAGAAUUGGGAUAAGAAGGGCGUGCGUAUCGUUACUGACGAAUCCUGCAUUCUCCGAAGCGAAGAUUAUGAGAAAAUCGCUUUGAGUGAUUUGUCGAUUGCACUGAAAAAUCCAAAAUUGCGAUUGGAUAAAUUGAUCGUCAGCUAUUACUCCAAUGAUAGAAUGAGACUAUUCGGAUUGAAUAGCCUUCUGCCAGAUCUGAAUCACCAAAUACACGUCAAAAAACUGUUUGUCCAUGCGGAAUCGCCUGAAUAUCUUCAGAAGAAUCUUCUAUCGAUUCUUCCCUGCUUGAAACCGAAGGAACUCGGGAAUAUUGGAGUUUUCGUAAAAGACCUUGACGAUCGGGAACCGGAAGAAGCAUUGAAAACAGUCAGGAAAAUUGCGAAUCUGGAACAAUGGAAGCAAGCGGAAGAACUCACUACUCAAGAUUGUUUCGAUGACUUCCCAUCGGAAUUUCUCAUGCAUUUCAAACGUUUUGUGAUUCUUGCAAGUGGUUUGAGAGAGGAUUUCUUGAUAAAUCUCAGAGAUUUUUUCUCCACGUCUACCAACUUCGAGUCAUGCACUAUCGAUUCAUACGAUCUCGCCGACUGCACUGAACACCUCGAAUCGUUCUGUGAGGAAGUGGAAUCAGGAGAUCCGUCCAUCCUCCUCUUCCACUUCAAAAUUCCUGACAAUUCGAGAAAGUUUUUUGAGUUUAAAAUUGACUACAAUGAAUACGUAAUGGUUAUCGAGAAUAAGAAUUUCUGA